CUCACAUUAUCUGUAUCCGGGUCGGCAGGUAAAAAUGGCGACCACCACUGGAAAAACGACAUGCAUGAGUAUGCUGCAAUUCAUGAAACUUAUUGGACAACUCAAAAGGGUGCCACGGACCGGGUGGGUGUACAGUAACGUGAAGAAACCCGAGAGUGUGUCGGACCACAUGUACCGCAUGGCCAUGAUGUCCCUGACCAUCACUGACCCCACAGUGGACAAGGACAGGUGCAUAAAGCUGGCUCUAGUCCAUGACAUGGCAGAGUGCAUUGUGGGGGAUAUCGCUCCAUCAGACAACAUCAGUAAAGUGGAGAAACACAGGAGAGAAGAGGAAGCAAUGAGACAUCUAACAAGUCUUCUGCCCGAGGGACUCAAACAGGAGAUUUACAGACUGUGGGAAGAAUAUGAAUCCCAGAGCAGCUCAGAGGCCAGACUGGUUAAAGAGUUUGACCUCCUGGAGAUGAUCCUGCAGGCUCAUGAGUAUGAAGAGCUGGAGGGGACACCUGGAAGACUGCAGGAGUUCUUUGACUCCACCACUAAUCGUUUCCAGCACCCAGACGUGCUGCAGCUGGUCAGCUCUUUGAAUGAAGAGAGAGGACGUCACAUGACCGACACCGAUGGCACAGAUAAGGCUGAGAAAUCGCAGACUGCUCCUGCAGCAUCGGAACAGACCACAUCUCACACGUCCUGACAGGAAUACGCCAGGAAAAACCUUCAGAGCGGGUGGCCCCGUAGGCUGGACUGAAACACACGACACCUGCACUGUGAGGCACAUGAACAGGCCACGUGAUCGGACAUGCAAACUGAAAAUAGAAACCCGGAUUUAGAGAUGUUUUUUUUAUUUUUGAGCUAUAUUUGAUCAGUAAAUAGGGGAAUUUAAGUCCUUUAUGUGUAUUUAAUGUUUUCAUGUUUCAUGUUUGGUUUAGUUGUCUGUGUUCACUACUUUGCAGACUGAACAAUAGGUCUAAAGUAGCUUUAAACUUUUAACACACUAUGUACAAACUGCCAGACAAUUUACAAAUAUAAUAACUUAUCAAAAUAUGGUUAGAUAUCUUUUAAUACUAAUAUGAAAUCCCAGACAGUGUUCUUACAUUAUUACCUUUGCAGCAAUUACAACAACAAUUCAGUAAGUCAUUGGAUUCUGUUUAUUCUGGUUCUUCAUGUUAUAUAGUGUAUGCUCCAUGUUUAUUCUUUAUUAGUUAACGUACAUAGAAACUAUUAAGCCAUACAUUUUUACAUCAACAGACUUCAUUAGAAGUUUCCGGCACUGCAAUGUUAUUACACGCAUACGCUGUCUGGCAGUUAUUAUAUCUAUAAAAGAUGUGACGAAGCUGCGACACCAACAGACAUUAUUUGAAUUGACAUGAAGUUUUUCUAAGUGGGUAAAAACAUAAACCCACAGUUCUGCAGAGAAAAUUAAAUUUCAAUAAUGUUCACAGUGUGUUCAGUGUGUAUCAUAAUGGUUGUGAGAUAUUUAGAUUGAUUCAAACAACCUUUUAAAUUUGAUUUGAAUGGUUUGAAAAUGAGGAGUACGUGCUGUUUUAUGUAAAUGUAAAUUACGUCUUUGGUUUUUCAUGUUCUGAACCAUUUUUUUUGUUUGUUUUGUUUUGUUUUUUAUUUCAGCCCUACACAAGUGUAAAGUACCUCCUGUAAAUCAUUAACGUGGAUUACCUCAGUUAUUUUUGUAAGACUUGAAUAGCUGUUCUUGCUACACACAAACUCUCAGUGCUUGAAUGUCGACAUGAUUUUUUAAUAAAUAUAAACCCCAUGGCAUCGAA